AUGGAUAAAAUUUUACAGCAAUUGAAACAGCUCAAAUAGGAGUAGUAAGAGUUGAAGACCCUCAAAACUCUUGAGUGUAAAGAGCAAUUGAAGUACAUUCAAAACUGCAAGACACUGCUGCAAGUUCAUAAGCAAAAAAAGACAGAUCAUGUAACUGAGAACAUGAUUCAAAUCAAUGAGACGUUGCGGGCAAUAACAACAGACGUGCAGGGUUUUAAAAGUAUCAGGUAAAAAUUGUUUAUAAAAGCAAGUCAGGACAAAGACCCAUAGAAUAAACUAUAUCUCUAUCUCUUUCAUCUGUUUGAGUCGUUAGUCUGUAACAUUAACACUUUGGUAAUCAAAUAGACUUAGUAAAUACUUAACUAAUGCCCAUAAGAGGUGAUAGGGAAGCUCAGAGAUAUUUAGAACAGCAUUAAUAAUGAUUCUAUGAUUAAUCUUAGCAAUGUUGAGGGCUUUUUCCAGGAGAAUUUCAAGCAAAUGGUCAAAAGUCAGAGAUAGAUAGAGCAAGUUGUCGAGACUCUGAUAAAAGACUCUGAUAUUUAGCAAAGGAAAUUUGAAAAACAGAAAAGCGCAUUUGAAUCAUUUUUAAAAGAGCUACAGCACUAGCAAGUUAAUCAGUCUGUUGAUAACUCAUUUGAAGUGAGAUGGAGUUUGUAAGAACUUGAAAACAUAGUCUAUGAUUUCCUGCAUUUUAACGCUCUGCCUUUGGAAUUCCAGAAAAACAAACUGAGUCACUUCUAAGAUGUCUAAAAAGAUGACAUCUUAAAAGUUUUGAAUGCAGAGUAAUUAUCCACCAAUUGUUCUAAGGAUGAGGUUCUUCCAGAUAUGAUUAGAGAUUACAUCCUGCAUGAUAGAGGUAACUCAUUGUUCUUGGGCGAUUCUUUUGCUAAUCUACCCUCACCUGUUAACGAGAGCCAAACUAUUAAGUAACUAUUUAAGCCCAAAGACGACAAGGACGACGACUAAAAGUUCAAGGAUAAACAACUUAAGGACAAAGAUGAAAAUGUUAAGAUCAAGAUAGAAGGCAAAGAUCUUAAUGACAGUGAGGAGUCUAAGUCAGUUGUAGAUAUUAAUGUUGAUGAUAUCGACAAGGUAGUGUUCAAUAAUAACUAGGAGUAGAUUAAGAGAGCUCAAGCUGCUUAUAAGGAAGAAGAUAGUUAUGUCAACCCAGCAGAUGUCACUUACAGCAUGGACUUAGGUUACAAAAUUAUUGAUAAUCUUGAAUCUCUAAGCUAGACUGUCAUUCAUCAGGAAUUCAUUAUGAAACCUGUAUAAAAUAAUAAGAAAAUAUCAGAAGAAGCUGAAUAGAUGAGAAACUUUUCAUCAUAGCUAGACCGUGAUACAAUCAAGAUCAAUUAGAGUGAUAUCUAGAUUAAGGAAGGCUAGCUACAUUAAGCAAAUAAAUUUAACUACCACUCGGUUGUGGAAGGGGAAGGAGAUUAUAAAGGCAAAAGAGCCCAGGAAUAUAAUCCAUACGUCCCUGUGAAUAGAAAUUUUAUCAACAAAAAUCUAUCGAUUAACAUCUUGGAUUAGCAUAGCAGCAUGAUCUCAAACUCUGAUGAAUCUAAUCAAUCCUCUAAAAAUAUUGCUAUUAAUUAGAGAAGCACAGACUCGGAGCCAGUAAAACCUAAAGGUAUUAAUUAUUCAAGAAAUACCUAAGAGCUAGAGAGAUCCAGAUCUGACACAGAUGAGAGGCUUUCAAUUCAGUAAAAUUUAGUCAAUAGAUUUCUACAGGAAAUGUCCUAGAAUAGUCAUUCCAGUUCAAUUAGAAUUGACAGAACUAACAAGACAUCUCUAAAGAAUAUUGAGAGGGAAUUGCAGCUUUAGUAAUAAAACAUUCAAAGAUAGGAAGAAAUCAGCAAACUUGAUAUAUCCUAUGAGGAUGAGCACAGUAGUUGCAAAGAUACCAUUAAAAUGAGUUAGUAGAGAGAAUUUAGUUUCUUCAGAGAUGGCUCACGAAAAGAUGCCGCCUCAAAUAACACUAAUACAUCUAGAUAUGAACCAAAGCAAUUCAUCAAUCAACAAUUAUCCAAUGUUUAGGACACUGUUACUAGAAUCCAGGGUCUUAACACUUCUUAGAAUGCAGGCUACAAUAAUCCAUAAAUCUUGAAAGCAUAAAAGUAAAAUCCCUUCAAGAUAGAUAGUGUCACUGUGACUGAGAGUAGUAAAAUUAACUCUAACUAAAGUGUAGAAUAGUCCGCUUAUCAAAAUAACAUUUCAACUGAUAUUCCGCAAAUCAAAUUAUCCAAUCAUAAGAAUAAAUUUGCAAAAAGGUCUAUAUCACCUAUCAACUAUGUUGGCAAGAGUAUGUAAGAUAAAUCAGUUAUAGAUUCUCAAGAUAACAUGAACAGAUGUGUGUCCUAAAAAGCAAUCGGAAACAAGCAAUCUUCAGAGAGAUUACCAUACUAAACGCACAAUGUGCCAUAAUCAAUUAAAAAUAGCCACUCAAAUUACGAUGUUUCGACAAUGGAUGGAGGCAACGGGAUGUUAACACCAAGUAUUGGUACUCAGAAUAAUCACAAUUCUUAGUAUAAUUCAGUAUAGUAAUUAUCCAAAGACCCUUCGAAGAAAUCGAUCGCAAGUCUACAGUAGAGAUAUAAAUUUGCAGCGUAGAAUCAGUCAGUCUAGAAAUCAAAUUAUCUGAGAGGGUUUGAGGAUAAACUUGAUGUCUAGCCUAAUCUAAGGAACAUCGAUGCUUUAAAAAUGAUCCUGAGCAAAUAAGAGGGACAACUUUCAGGACGUAAUUACAUAUCAGUGCCUGCUAAUAACUCAUAAUAAAAUGACUUUUAAAACAAACUCUCCUACAGAGGUGGAAUUAAGGGCCAGUAGGAAAAGAAAUGUACACCAAUUACAGAGAGAAACGAUUACAAGACUCGCGAAUCAAAUAGCAAUUAAAUUAGUUCAGGGAGUGCAGGGCAGAACAGUAUCAAUUACAGUAAGAAUAUGAAGAGAAAAGGGACUAAAGAUGGCAGGAAAAAAUCUAAGAAAUCCAGGUCUAAAGUUAGAGACAGAGAUCAAAGCUAGAAAAAGAAUUAGAAUGAGGCAAUAAAUAUGAGUGCUCUCCCUAGUAUAACUAGAAAUUUAGGCUACCAAUUAUGA